AUGUCUCAGUCCAACCGCGCCGAGCUCCAAAAGGCCCUCUACGACGUCGGCAUGCCCAUCCGCCGCGCCGUCCUCAGCGACGCAUACGUCGACAACGCCCUCAAGAACGGCAGCACCGAGUUCGCCAAGGCCAUGCAAGAGUUCACCACGGCCUUUUGCUGGGGCGCCGUCUGGGAUCGGCCCGGACUAGACCGAACGCAGCGCUCCCUCAUCAACCUCUCCAUGCUCGCCGCCACGGGAAAGGUGCACGAGCUCGCCGUGCACACGCGCGGGGCGGUGAACAACGGCGUGUCUGCUACCGAGAUCCGCGAGGUGCUUGUUCAAGUGUGCAUCUAUAUGGGUGUUCCUGCGGGCAUGGAGGCUUUCAAGGCUGCGGAGAAGGUCUUGAUUGAUAUGGAGAAGGAAGGGGUUGUUAUCAAGCAGUAG